AUGGCGGCUAUGGCCCUUCCACUUGUCAUCGUCCCCUCACCUAAAUAUGCAGAGAUCAUGGCACUUCAAUUCGGGAUGAAGUUUGCUCGGGAUGCUGGCUUUUCUUCUAUUCUAAUUGAGUCUGAUUCACAAGGAGUGGUAAGUGACUUAAAGAAGGAUGAGGAAGAGUCAUGGGCAUCAGUGAGAGGAGUCUGCGACAAUUAG